CGCCCCGGCGCAGGCUGCCGCCCCCGCCUCCCCCGCUCCGCUCAGAGCAUCCCUCCUCCCCUUUGCGUUUGUCUUAAUUCCGCUCAGAGACAAGAUGGCAACGCCGGCGGCGGUAAACCCUCCCGAAAUGGCAUCUGAUAUUCCUGGCUCGGUGGCCUUGCCAGUGGCACCGAUGGCAAGCGGCCAAGUGAGAAUGGCAGGGUCCAUGCCUUCCAGAGGGGGAAAGCGACGCUCUGGGAUGGAUUUCGAUGAUGAAGAUGGGGAGGGACCCAGCAAAUUUUCAAGGUAUGAUGGUGAUCAAAUAUCUGGUGAUAAGGAAAAGUUUGCAAGGGAGAAUCACAGUGAGAUUGAGAGACGCAGAAGAAAUAAGAUGACGCAGUACAUCACGGAGCUGUCUGACAUGGUGCCCACGUGUAGCGCGUUGGCUCGUAAGCCUGACAAGCUGACAAUCCUUCGGAUGGCUGUUUCACACAUGAAAUCAAUGAGGGGCACUGGGAACAAAUCUACCGAUGGAGCUUACAAGCCAUCGUUUCUUACGGAACAGGAACUGAAACAUCUUAUCCUGGAGGCUGCAGAUGGGUUCCUGUUUGUGGUUGCAGCGGAGACUGGGAGAGUCAUCUACGUAUCGGACUCAGUGACUCCUGUGCUCAACCAGCCGCAGUCCGAAUGGUUUGGCAGCACAUUAUAUGAGCAGGUUCACCCAGACGAUGUGGAAAAGCUACGGGAGCAGCUGUGUACAUCUGAAAACUCAAUGACAGGACGAAUCCUGGACUUGAAGACUGGAACAGUAAAGAAAGAGGGUCAGCAGUCCUCAAUGAGAAUGUGCAUGGGAUCAAGACGCUCUUUCAUUUGCAGAAUGAGGUGUGGAAAUGCUCCUCUGGAUCAUUUACCUUUGAACAGAAUAACCACCAUGAGGAAAAGAUACAGGAAUGGCCUGGGCCCGGUAAAAGAAGGUGAAGCACAAUAUGCUGUUGUCCAUUGCACUGGCUACAUCAAGGCUUGGCCACCAGCAGGAAUGACUAUACCAGAAGAAGAUGCUGAUGUGGGACAAGGUAGUAAAUACUGCCUCGUGGCAAUAGGAAGGCUUCAGGUAACCAGCUCUCCGGUGUGCAUGGACAUGAAUGGCAUGUCAGUCCCAACUGAGUUCUUGUCAAGGCACAACUCUGAUGGAGUCAUCACCUUUGUCGACCCCAGAUGCAUCAGCGUCAUUGGCUACCAGCCCCAGGAUCUUCUGGGGAAAGACAUUCUAGAAUUCUGCCAUCCUGAAGAUCAAAGCCAUUUGAGAGAGAGUUUCCAGCAGGUUGUGAAACUGAAAGGUCAAGUCCUGUCUGUGAUGUACCGAUUUCGUACCAAAAACCGGGAGUGGAUGCUGAUCAGAACCAGCAGCUUCACCUUUCAGAAUCCUUACUCUGAUGAGAUUGAAUACAUCAUCUGCACCAACACUAAUGUAAAGCAGCUUCAGCAGCAGCAAGCAGAACUUGAAGUACAUCAGCGAGAUGGGCUGUCAUCCUAUGAUUUAUCUCAGGUGCCUGUUCCAAGUAUACCAGCUAACGUUCAUGAGAGUGGGAAGUCUGUGGAAAAGCCGGAUGCUAUCUUCUCCCAGGAGCGAGAUCCUAGAUUUGCUGAGAUGUUUGCUGGCAUAACUGCUUCAGAUAAAAAAAUGAUGGCCUCAGCAUCCACAGCAGGAAACCAGCAGCUGUAUUCACAGGGAAGCCCAUUUCAGCCAGGACAUUCAGGAAAGAGUUUCAGUUCGUCUGUGGUACAUGUGCCUGGUGUGAACGACAUCCAGUCGUCUUCAUCAACAGGCCAGAAUCUGACACAGAUAUCUCGCCAGCUAAAUCAGAGUCAGGUUGCCUGGACAGGAAAUCGCCCUCCGUUUCCAGGACAGCAAAUUCCGUCUCAGUCUGGCAAGGCUCAGUCAUCUCCCUUUGGGAUUGGGACAAGUCACACCUACCCAGCAGAUCCAUCAUCAUACAGCCCACUUUCCAGCCCUGCCACCUCUUCUCCAAGUGGGAAUGCCUACUCCAGCUUAGCAAACCGAAGUGCAGGGUUCGCUGAAGGUGGUCAGAGCAGCAGCCAGUUCCAGGGGAGGCCGUCCGAAGUCUGGUCCCAGUGGCAGAGCCAGCAUCACAACCAGCAGAGCGGAGACCAGCACUCACACCCACAGCCCAGCCAGACCGAGGUGUUCCAGGACAUGCUGCCGAUGCCGGGGGAUCCAACGCAGGGUACUGGCAACUACAACAUAGAAGAUUUUGCUGAUCUGGGCAUGUUUCCACCAUUUUCUGAAUAGCUUGUGAAGCAGAAAUGGAAGCUCUUCUUCAAGGCCAUCUCAGUAUAUUUUUGGCUCUGCUUUUUCUGUGUUGCAUUUCUGUAGAAGCUACUAAACCAGAAGAUGCUCAUAUUUCAGAUAGUGGUGUAGGGCUUGCUCUCUCCUCCACGGGCUGCGUUAGUGCCGACAGAGGAGCUCCAGCUCUUGGUAGUGUUCAUUGACAGCUCCGUUAUAUUUCUUUUUUAUUUUAUUGUCAUCUACCUCAGAGAUGAAAAACUUUGUUUGAUUAAAAAAAAAAAAAGAUAUAUAUCUCUGAGUCUUAAAUAUUUGAAUGUGAAUGAUACCUAAUACUUCCUUUGAAUGGUAAUUUUUAAAUAGAUCUCGCAGUAACAAAGACUAACAGAGAAAAGGUAAGGUGGUGUGUUAUUACAGUGCCUACCACUCAAUUUCGAUGCCUUGCUUUAAGCCUAGGUUUCUGGAAGCAGACAGAGUAUUCUGUUUUCUUUCAUUCUUGUAGUUUUUAGUUCACUUUGAAUGUGAGAUUAAGCAACAUAAUGUAGGCCUCUCUCACCAGAAGAUUCAGCUCCACCUUUUCUAACUUAAAUUUGAAUGUGUGUACAUUUUGGUACUUUCUGUAUAUCUUGUGAUGUAUGAAGUGAUUUCCUGUACUGGUUUCUUUUGCAUUUUAAUAGGGUCUAUUCUGGAGUGUACUGAGAGGGCUUGAUAAUACGUGGAGGCUUUAGAUACUGCAGGAGCCUCCAUCACUUCACAUAGUGUUCUUACUUUUAAUUCAGGUGGUUAUCUGUUCAGAACAAGCAUUUACUUACAGAAGCUAUUAGUCUGUUUUUGCACUGAAUUGAGGCCUAUGUAACUCUACACAUUUCUCACUGGCUGCUUUAACUUUGAUUGUUCUUGCUUUCCCAAAAAUACUCCCUCAUAAAAAUAACUGUAAGCCCAUCAAGAUUGCAGUUUCUGUAUUAGCUGCAUUUCCUUUCUGUGAAGUACUUUUUAUACUGUGAAACCUCACGUUUUAGCAGUGCAAGGUGGUGGCCUAUUACAGUGAAAUCAUUCAGGCUCAUUUGCUGUAAGCAGUGAGAUGGUUUUGUAGCAUACACUUUUUUAGAGUUGGUAAUGGUAAUGGAUAUCAGUUGGACUCUUGUCCACUGUGUACACAGUGAUAACUUGAAUUUUUGCUUGGAUUCCCAAGCAGUCAUUUCUGUUAAACCCUGUUAACCCUUUUCUGUUAAACACUGGGUUUUCACCUUACAAAGUGUUUCGAGUACUGGCUAUUCUGAAUGCUGUGUGCUUUUGCACAGAGGUAAGUUCAUCAGUCUUCCUUCAGAGCUAGUCAUCUACCAUAUCCAUUCAUCAGAAAUGUGGUAGCAAGUUUUUUAUAUGCUCUCAUGCAUAUGAUGAUUUAUAGGAGGUUGGGUUUGUAAGCUCAGCCUUUUUAAUCAUUUCUUUUGGGGUGGGAGAAGGCAUUGCUCAGAAAGGACAAGGAGCCCAGAGUUCCUGCAUGCAGGUUUUCUGCAAACUUUGAGGUUAGAAAGAUUGGGAAGCUUCCCAGAGCCUUUGCAUAUUGAGGAUCAAUCAUGGACCUUGAAACAGGAACCCCCAUCUAGAUCCCAGUAUUCACAGCCCCACAUCUAGAUCCUAAUGUUCACAGCAAUUCAUAGACUUCACAGCACUACGGUUUAGCUUUUCUAGCUCCUGUUGAGUCAUGGGCUGUGUUCCAAUGGAAAGGACCACAUACAUUACUGUAGUCCAUGUUGCCAGGAUAACAUCUUGGAAAAGCAGGCAGGCCCCUGUCCUGCAGUUUGCCCUGGCAUCAUGCUGAAAGGCAGUGCAGGCUGCCAGGCCCGCAGUGGCACAGGGACCAUGGGGUGUUUUUCCACCUUCCUUUGCUUCCCCAGACCUCAGGCAGAACAGCAUGUAGUUUUCAGUAUCCAGGAAGAGCCUUUUCUACUUUUUCUCUUGCCAAGUCUGGGACCAAUCUCUUAUCCUACGUGCAAGUGGGGCUAGAGACACUUUUUCUUAGGAAAUUUUUUAAUGUAUCUAGAUGCAGUGCUGCAGAGGCCUCAGAUCUCCUGAUCUGUACUUGCCUCACCAAAAUCACACUGAAAACAAAAAAUCAUACCUCUUCUCUCCCAGAGAUAGGGAAAGUACCUUCUUAGGUGAGCGAGCCAUGCACUUACGCACAAUUCAUUUGAAUACAUGAAUGUUAAUUCUCUUGGAGCGUUCUCCCUUUCCAACCAUCUCUGAAUUACAUAAACAAAGCUCUGCUGUCCUCAGAAAUUCACUAUUUCUGAAAAAGAAGCCUUGGUGCAUUGCAGGCUGGGGGAAGGCAGGGUCAGCAUCUGCAUGCUUUGGUAGGGAGCAGCAGUCUGUAGAAUGUGAUCAUAAGGGAGAGCAGCAGAUGAGCAGUUUCUGUCUCUGUGCAGAAGAUGCUGAAGAUGAUACAUUUCAGUUCUAGAAUUUUUUAAGAACCGUUAGUCUGUAAAGUGAAAAAUGAAUCAAAAAUGCUCUGUUUCCUUUUACCUGACAGACUGUUCUGAGCGUAUUUAUAAUUCAUUCUGAAUUCAAUCUACAAUUAAGAUGUAUGCAGUUGUCUUUAUCCUAAUAUCAGCAGUGAUGACUUCAUCCUAGAAUCACAGAAUAGUUUGGGUUGGGAGGGACCUCAAAUAUCACCCAGCUCCCACCUCCCCACCAUGGGUUGGAUGCCACCAGCAGGUCAGGCUGCCCAAGGCCCCAUCCAGCCUGGCUUUGGGCACCCACAGCUCUGGGCUGCCCCACUACCCUCUGAGUAAAGCAUUUAUUCCCGUCUAAUGUAAAUUUCCCCUCUUUUAGUUUAAAGCCAUUCCCACUUGUCCUCUCUCAAAAAAAUUUGACUGUGCAGUUAAAAAUGCACUGUGAGCAGAAUUUCAAGCACAUUUUCCCUUCUUUUAUUUGCUGUGUUUUUCUUUUUUCCAUACAGUGACAUGCCAGUGUGCCUGAGGCACCAGGGCACGAGCAGCUGCUUCUCAUCUGGUAGCCCCCCACCUUUCUGUUUGGGAAAGGGGAUGGCUGCUCCAUUGAGGUGCAGAUGGCUCCAGGUUGGGGCUUUCCCUGCAAGCCGUGGUCAUCCAUCCCCCUGCUUUCUUCACCUUUCCGCCCUUCCUUACCACUGCCUUCCUUGCCACACACAGAUGGGGAGGUGUGGGCAGCCUUUUCCAGCGAGAAGGGAGCUUAGCGAGCUUCAGGUUCAGCAGCUCUGUGCUUCUAGCCAAGUGACUGAGGUUCAGCAUCCACAGUGUCAGUGUCAGCUGCUCUGCAAAGCCCCAUCCCAGCUCUUGUGGCAGAACGCGCCGCGCAGGCUGAGCCGUGCCACAUCUUUUUGUCUCGUGUUCGGCUGCUAAAGCAACUUCUUUUAUAAUAUAGCUGGCAUUGUAAAGUGCAUUUGGAAUGCUGACGUCCUUCCUGUGUGCCAUUGGUGUAUCUUUGCUGGUGCUUUGGCUGCCAGUCUCUAGAAUUUCCCAAGUGGUGGCUUUCUUGUUUCUUUUGUGUGCUCAUUGCUAAGCUGCAAAUAAAGCUGUGAUUUCUGAUCAAACUGUGUUGCAGACACAGUGUUUCUCAAAACCGAAUCUGCUGAUAUUUAAACUGCAAAUAGUGUCUGGGUGAGCUGUUUCCACAAGUGGGCGUGUAGACCAAGAUUUUAGAUGCUAAAAUAUUUACAUUCCUUAGUUCGAACAAGCUGACCUGUUUAACGAGAGGGACUCCAUCACAUUCCUUGUUAGGAGCACUACUGGCAGUACCUACGGUUAUGCUUUAACCAGGCAGUUCCAUUUGUAGCUUUGUUGCCUUUUUUGUUGUUGUUGUUCAAGUACAGUAUGAAACUGUAAAUACUUGUUGCAGCACUGCCUUUCUAACUCUUACUUACUUUUGGCACAGUGUUAAAUAGUGUUGGAUUUACCCAAUUGCUAUGACAUAUAUUUUUAUACAUAGGUGUACUCUUUUCUCGAGAAUAACAACAGCCAUUUUGUCAUCAAUGCCUUACCAGUGUCAUACUGCUGUUGCUCUUUGUUUGCAAGGUAUUGGGUGGACUAAUUUCUAGUUGAGAUAUUUUCACUUUUCCUGGCAGUGCUCAUUUGGGAUCCAGGUGAUUUUUGCCAGUUCCAUUUUUUGCAGUUGUAAGCUGUGAGAAGAGGAGAAUGUGAGCUUUGUGUUCUUCCUGUUAAUGGAGCAAAUGAAAGGUGAUGGCACCUAAUUGUCUCUAGAAGGUUGGUCUUUUCCUGCUCUAAGCCAGAGUGCGUUUCAUGGAACUGAUGACUGUGGGCACUGAUUACUUUGUGUAGAUUAAUGGUCUUUAAAAAAAUAAUUAAAAAAAAAAAUUAAAAAAAAAAAAAAGAAAAAAAAAGAAACCUCCAAAAAUGGACUUCUGUCAUUGUUAGGCACUUGGUUACUUAUCUGUUUAAACUCUUCAUAUGGAUGUGAAAUUGUGCCGUGGAUAAAGUGUAUUUUGUACUUCUGAAUGUUCUAUAUUUAUGACUAACAAGUACAGAAUCAGUUGUGUGUACGUAUAACUAAUAACUGCCUUUUUAAAUUUCAUUAAAAUAAAAAGGUCACGAGCUGUUGUUAA